AUGGAUGGAGAACCACAUCUGACUGUCAUUUCGAUAGUUGGGAUGGGAGGUUCAGGCAAGACCACACUAGCUGCCAACACCUACAAUAAUGAUGAUGUAAAGAAACAUUUCGACUGUUGUGCAUGGAUCACAAUUUCCCAAGCAUAUGAAUUAGAAGACGUAUUGAGGACCUUGAUUAAGGAAUUCCAUGAGUCAAGGAAGGAAACAAAUCCAGCAGACUUGUAUUCCAUGAACUACAGACUAUUAGUGAAAACACUGGUGAAUUAUUUAGAGAAGAAAAGGUAUCUACUUGUCCUAGAUGAUGUUUGGGACACAAACCUCUUGGAUGAAAUAAAGGUAUCACUUCGAGAUAGUUGUCUUGGGAGUAGAAUCAUCCUUACAACUCGAAAAGAAGAUGAUGUAGCUUGCCAUCAAAUGGGAGGUAAGCAUCACAUUCAUAAUAUUGAAUUGUUGCUAAUGGAAGAGGCUUGGGAACUCUUUUGCAAGAAAGCGUUCUCAAGCAGUCCUAAUGGAAGUUGUCCACCGGAGCUUAAAUCUUUUGCUCAGGAACUUGUAGGAAAAUGUAGAGGCCUACCUCUUGCAAUUUCGGCUUUGGGCAGUCUUAUGUACUCCAAGAAUACGUCUCAAUGGAAUGAAAUUUAUAGCAGCUUGAAUUGGAGUCUAAGUAACAAUCCUGAGCUAGAAGCAGUGAAGACCAUUUUGUUGCUUAGUUUCAAUGAUUUACCAUAUCAAUUGAAGCAUUGUUUCUUAUAUUGCUCCCUUUUCCCAGAAGAUCAUAAGAUUCGAAGAAAAAGGCUCAUUAAGCUAUGGAUGGCAGAAGGAUUUGUAGAAAAAGUUGAAGGGUCCACUCUAGAAGAAGUAGCAGACAGCUAUCUAGUAAAACUCACUUUCAAGAACAUGCUUCAAGUUGUAGAGAGGAAUCAAUUUGGAAGGCCACAUAGAUGUAAAAUGCAUGAUCUUUUGCGGGAGCUUGCUUUAUCAAUAUCAGUCAAAGAAAAGUUUGGUGCUGUACAUGGUGAAGGAGAAGAAAUGAAAGAAUGCAAAGUACGCCGCAUUUCAGUGCACAAAACCGAUGGAGAACUCAAAUCAUUUGUGGGUAUAUCAAAGCUCCGUUCUUUUCUUAUUUUUAACAAGUCAUUGAAAACAUUGCCUCCAGGGAGUAAAAUGUUAAGUGUUCUAGAUUUGGAGGAUGUCCCCAUGGAUGAAUUGCCUGAUGAAAUAUUCAAAUUAUUCAACUUAACAUAUCUAAUCUAA